CAUUUUGACGUAAUAUUUUGGCCAUGGCGAUUCCCUUCUACGAAGACGAGCCCGCUACGGCGGCGUCAAGCUUAGAGCCUGGCCAAAUUGCCGACGGAGAUCAAGUGGAUGGUCCCGCUUAUGCCAGCGAUGCUGGCUACGAUCAAGUGGACUACGAGGCGCCAUCGGGAGCAGCAACAAGUAACAGUCAAGCAACGUCCACGUUGGAGCAAACGGCGCCUAGCACGGAGCAGCAGUUGUUGGCCUGGAAAAUGCUUGCCUUGGCCAUGUGUAAGGUCCUCAAGCAGUUCUACCUGCAGCAGCAACAGAAAGGAAAGUCCGCCAAACUGACGGCCACUGUGCAGAUUCAGCCGCAGGCGCAGUAAACUAUCAUCAACAACAACAACAACAAUUGUAACUACAACUACAACUACAACAAAUUCAAGUCCUUCGAAAUGGGGGGACUGACGGCUCCUAAGCGCAACUUGUGAUUACUUUUCGUUGGUGAGAACUAGCGCUCCCUAAAUUCAGUUUAGGGAGAGAGAAAAUGAGAGACAGAAACUGAUGUGAACGUUUUCCUAAGGAAAAUCCCAAGGAAAUAUAAUAUUGUAUUGCAUUUAGUUUUGAAAAUGUUCAUCUGAUUUUCGUAUUUUGCCGUCGCUAAGGAAAUUUUUUGUGGUGAAGGCUGAUUAAAAUUUUUGGA